AUGUUGUCCGCACCUAUCAGUCUUCCUACCGUCUUUGUUGGCGCCGCCGUAAUCUUUCUCUUCGCCCUCGCUCUAUACCCUUCCUCGCUGUUGCGCUGGUUCCAACGCAAGCGCUAUCAAUAUGAAGUCACGUUUUCGCUAUACAUGUUGACCCCGACCGAGAAAUUCAUCUUCACCAUGGUCUCGAUCGCCGUUGCAUUGUAUCUGCCCCGUCAUGUCAGGAUCAUUGCCCAUCGUGCCUAUUACUACGUAUCGGGCGAUCUGCUGAAGAACGGCACAACAAGUAGCGUCUCGGGCACCACCGCCGAUAUCUUGACACCCACAAUUGUUGCCGAAGCCGCUGGUAGUGCUUAG